UGAGUGAUGCCGUGAGUGUUUGUGUGCGCCCGCGCGGUUGUGUGCGCGUGUGUAGGCUAUGCACGGGGACACCUCUGUCCUCAUCAUGAGCGAUUUGGGUUCGCGAGAAAGGCUUUUCUAGGACGGAGUCUGCUGUAGUAGCCUAUGCUCGCAACGUGGGAUUUGUGCAAUUGAAUGGUAACUUUGUCUCUUUGCGUGCAUCUUUUUUUUCUUCUUCUUUUCUUUCGCCGUCACAGACAUUAGUGUGGUAACUGUAACUGUGGAGGGGCGCACAGGAGUGGGCUGCUGCCCACCAAGUCUGACUGUGUUUCGGAGGUGCUGAGAAGAACAUGUAAAAAUAUGUAAGCUUCGCCGCAGAUCCUUUCGGAUUCACAGCCAAAAUGCAGAAAGGGAUGAGGCUCAAUGAUGGCCAUAUCACCUAUCUGGCUCUUUUGGCGAAGAAGGAUGGGACGAGGCGAGGUUGCCUGAGUAAGAAAAGCUCCGACAACACAAAAUGGCAUUCAAAGUGGUUCGCUUUGUUGCAGAAUAUGCUGUUUUAUUUCGAAAACGACUCCAGCUCACGCCCAUCCGGACUGUACCUGUUGGAGGGAUGUGUUUGUGACAGGGCACCGUCCCCGAAACCACCUCUCUCAGCAAAGGAAUGCUUAGAGAAGCAGUAUUACUUCACUGUCACGUUCAGCCAUGACAACCAGAAGGCUCUGGAGCUGCGAACAGAGGAUGUCAAAGACUGUGAUGAGUGGGUGGCGGCCAUCACACAGGCCAGCUACAGGAACCUAGCUACAGAGCAUGAGACCCUCAUGCAGAAGUAUCUCCAUCUACUCCAAAUAGUGGAGACGGAGAAAACGGUUGCCAAGCAACUUCGACAACAGAUAGAGGAUGGGGAAAUCGAGAUAGAGCGGCUAAAAUCAGAGAUAGCUGGACUGCUCAAGGACAAUGAGAAGAUCCAGUCAAAUCCAGAGGUACCUCCCAGUGACGAUGAUACUGAGAUUAAGAAGAUCAAAAAGGUCCAGAGUUUCCUGCGUGGUUGGAUUUGCCGCAGGAAGUGGAAAACGAUCAUCCAAGACUACAUCCGUUCACCCCACGCUGAAAGCAUGAGGAAGAGGAACCAGGUGGUGUUUAGCAUGCUAGAGGCCGAGGCUGAAUACGUCCAGCAACUCCACAUCCUGGUCAACAACUUCCUGAGGCCUCUCCGCAUGGCCGCCAGCUCCAAGAAGCCGCCCAUCACUCACGAUGAUGUCAGCAGCAUCUUCCUUAACAGUGAGACCAUCAUGUUCCUCCAUCAGAUCUUCUACCAGGGCCUGAAGGCCAGGAUAGCCAGUUGGCCGACACUGGUGCUGGCUGACCUGUUUGACAUCUUGCUGCCCAUGCUGAACAUCUACCAGGAGUUUGUGAGGAAUCACCAGUACAGCCUGCAGAUCCUGGCCCACUGCAAACAGAACCGAGACUUCGACAAGCUGCUGAAGCAGUACGAGGCCAAACCUGACUGUGAGGAGAGGACACUCGAGACCUUCCUCACGUACCCCAUGUUUCAGAUCCCUCGCUACAUCCUGACAUUGCAUGAGUUGCUGGCUCAUACUCCUCAUGAGCAUGUGGAGAGAAACAGUUUGGACUACGCCAAGUCAAAACUGGAGGAACUUUCCAGAAUCAUGCAUGAUGAGGUGAGUGAGACGGAGAACAUCAGGAAGAACCUAGCUAUUGAGCGGAUGAUUGUGGAGGGUUGUGAAGUGCUGCUGGACACCAGUCAGACAUUUGUUAGGCAAGGUUCUCUGAUCCAAGUGCCAAUGAGUGAGAAGGGGAAGAUCACGAGAGGCCGACUGGGCUCGCUGUCUCUGAAGAAAGAAGGCGAAAGACAAUGUUUCCUCUUCUCGAAACAUCUCAUCAUCUGUACUCGCGGCUCUGGGGGAAAACUUCACAUCACUAAGAAUGGAGUAGUCUCUCUCAUAGACUGCACACUGAUGGAGGAGCCGGAGGGAACAGACGAUGAGUUAACAGUUGUGUUGGGGGUAGCAAAAGCCAAAGGGGAGCGGAGUGGCCAAGACACAGAGCACCUGGACUUUAAAGUGAUGGUGGAGCCCAAAGAAGGCCAGCCCUUCACCGUCAUCCUGGUGGCUUCAUCUCGACAGGAAAAGUCAGCGUGGACUAGCGACAUCAGCCAGUGCAUUGACAACAUCCGCUGCAAUGGUCUGAUGAUGAACGCCUUCGAGGAAAACAGUAAAGUCACUGUGCCACAGAUGAUUAAGUCAGACACCAGCUUGUACUGUGAUGAUGUCGACAUCCGCUUCAGCAAGAUGAUGAACUCCUGCAAGGUGCUGCAGAUCCGCUACGCCAGCGUGGAGCGUUUGUUGGAGAGGCUGACCGACCUGCGCUUCCUCUCCAUCGACUUCCUGAACACCUUCCUCCACUCCUACCGCGUCUUCACCAGCGCUGACGUUGUGCUGGACAAGCUCAUCACCAUCUACAAGAAGCCCAUCAGUGCCAUCCCUGCGCGUUCUUUGGAGCUUUUCUUUGCCAGCAGCCAGAACAACAAACUCCUCUACGGCGAGCCACCCACGUCGCCGCGUGCCAGCCGCAAGUUCUCCUCCCCUCCUCCUCUCUCCAUCACCAAGACGUCCUCGCCCAACCGCCGUCGCAAGCUUUCGCUCAACAUCCCCAUCAUCACAGGGGGCAAAGCCCUGGACCUUGCUGCACUCAGCUGUUCUCCCAAUGGCUAUGCAAGCAUGCACUCCACCAUGUCACCCUUCAGUAAGACGACACUCGACAUCAACAAGCUCUAUGUGUCCAGCACCAUGGCUAACAAAAUCCCAGACGAGGGAGAGGCCAAAGCCGAAGGCAAGGCUGAUGAGUCUGUCCUCAACAAGCAAGAUCUGUCUGUGAGAGAGGAAUGUGCUGAGGACCCAAGUCAGAGUGACGAAACGGAGGCAGAAAUGUCCCCUCCCAAGUCACCGUCAACACCUAAGAACGUCAAGUCAAAAAACUCUGAGUUUUCUCUGUUUUCCUUCAACAAUGGCAUGGUGGUGUCAUCUUGCCGAGAGCUGGACAAUAACCGCAGUGCCCUCUCUGCCGCCUCGGCCUUCGCCAUCGCCACCGCUGGUGCCAAUGAAGGCACGCCAACCAAGGAGAAAUACCGUCGUAUGUCACUCGCCAGCACAGGCUUUCCUACAGACCAGAGGAAUGGGGACAAAGAGUUUGUUAUCAGAAGAGCUGCCACAAACAGAGUCUUGAAUGUGCUGCGUCACUGGGUCUCCAAACAUGCGCAGGACUUUGAGCAGAACACAGAGCUGAAGAUGCGGGUAAUUGGCUUCCUGGAGGAGGUGAUGCAUGACCCAGAGCUCCUCACACAGGAAAGAAAGGCAGCUGCCAACAUUAUCAGAACUCUCACUCAGGAGGACCCCGGAGACAACCAGGUCACCCUGGAAGAGAUCACACAGAUGGCCUUGGAGGACUGUAAGACUGAGCCGUUUGACAGCCACUCUGCCCUGGAGAUAGCUGAGCAACUCACGCUGCUGGACCACCUGGUCUUCAAGGUCAUCCCAUACGAGGAGUUCUUUGGUCAAGGCUGGAUGAAGAACGAUAAAAACGAGAGAACUCCGUACAUUAUGAAAACAACCAAGCAUUUCAACGAUAUCAGCAACAGGAUCGCCACUGAGAUCUUGCAAUGGGACGAUGUUAACAUGCGAGUGGCAGUGAUCGAGAAAUGGGUGGCAGUGGCUGACAUCUGCCGCUGCCUCCACAACUACAACGCCAUGCUGGAGAUCACAUCCUCUCUCAACCGCAGCUCCAUCUUCCGCCUCAAGAAGACCUGGCUCAAAGUCUCCAAGCAGACAAAAACUGUGAUUGACAAGUUACAGAAGCUGGUGUCAUCAGAGGGACGAUUCAAAAACCUGAGAGAAGCUCUGAAGAACUGUGACCCUCCCUGCGUUCCCUACCUGGGAAUGUACCUGACUGACCUGGCCUUCAUCGAGGAAGGAACACCCAACUACACCGAGGACAACCUGGUCAACUUCUCUAAGAUGAGAAUGAUAUCUCACAUUAUCAGAGAGAUAAGACAAUUUCAGCAAACAGCUUACAAGAUUGAUUAUCAACCAAAGGUUGCAAAGUACUUGCUGGACAGCAGUAAAGCACUGGAUGAGGAGAGCCUGUAUGAAGCGUCUCUGAGAAUUGAGCCCAAAACUUCAUCAUGAACGUGAUCUCUCCCACCCUCAACCCUCAUACGGAGUAUACAGGAACAAUAUAUGAUAAUGUACAUAUACUAUUAUUUGUAUUAGACACAGUAGGCUGUGCCCUUCUAGUAUGUGCUCCCCAAUGGACUCGUGCAUAAUCGUUAUUAGAGACUGAGUAGAAGCCCAGAGAGGUUUUCUUUAUAUAUUUACAGAGUAUUUAUAUGUUACUUAUCGUCUUAAAUACCAUUUUAUGAUAGUUAUUUUCAAACACAGAAUAAACAGAUAAGAGGGUAUACAGAUAUGAUAUUUAAUAAUAUCCUAAUGGGAAUGUGCAGUAUAGAAAGGCUCUCAUUCAUGAGAGAUGGUGGUGACACAUGAUGAUUAACUCUCACUUUUCUGCUCAGAUGUCAAAAUCAAAGAGAGGACUGCACAGAACGGCGAUUGUCUUUAAACAAGUCCCCAUGCAAACAUUAUGCAGACACUUCUUCAGCCUGUUUGUCCUCAAGUGGCGAUCUUACAAGUUAAAAGUAAUAUGAAUAUCUACUAAUCCACUCACAAUGCUAACACUGUAAACUACUAAUUGCUGAAUGUAAAUAAAUUGAAUGGCUAUUGCAGGAAAAAACUCCAGAGCAUAAAUUGUAUCAAAAAUGAGAUUUGAUUUCAUGAAAAUGUUAAGUAUUCAAAUUGAAAUUUAGCGACAAAUCUUCCUUCUCAGCGAAGUAAAGGAAGUGAAAAGUGGAACUGCCGUGGUGGCUGAAGUUGAAUCGUGCUCUGAUGUUUUAUGUAGCCACUGAUUGAUUUGGAAUAGUUGGAGUAAAACUGACACCAUAGUACUUGCUGGCUUCUGAUUGAGCUAGGACAUGUGUUUCAGUUUGGAGAGAUGGGUUUUUAUGCUUUUGCUUAUUAUCACCUUACUCCCCUGGUGGGUAACAUGAUGUAUAUACAGUAUAAGCACCGGGCAGUGUAUGUAGCAGAUGUAACCAAUAUUGAGCCACUUCAGGAAGUUAAAUUCCCAGCUUCUACACAGACACUAAGAGCAUAGUUUUUAUGGUUAAUCCUCUUUGGCCAUUGCAUUAUGGUUUUGCCUUAAUCAUGAAAUGGAUUAAAUACCACAAAAGUGUGUAAACUAUUUUGUUCUACAAUUUGCCAAUGAAGCAGAAAUAUUUGCUGUGUACAAUAUUGUGUACAGGCGGUCUGAUGCAUUUCCUAACGUGCAAUGUGUUAAAAACAUAUCCCUUGAAAUGUGUUAUCCUUAUGAUCGUUCAACUCUGUAAUAACUUUUCUGUGUAUGAUACUUUAAAACAAAUGUUGAUAACAACUUAUAAGUGUAACACAUUCUGUAUCCUGUCUAUUCCAAUGUGUUAGCAGGAACUAUACAGUAGUAAUAUUGUGCUUAUUCUUGGAAUAUUUAUAGGUAUUUUUUACAGGCUUUGUAAAGAAAAACACCUAAAGCUUAAGUGGCAGGCAUGUACCACUUUCACGUGUUCAAAUCAAAUCUAUAUCUAGAACAGUAUGUGUACUGUAUUUAAACCCCGCCCUUGCACACAAAUCUUUACCCUCUAACAGGCACAUCAAAUGUUUGCAGUGAGCAAUACCCAGUGGUAUGAGAAUUAUAUUUCAGUCUAUUUCAACAGCUUGAGUAGUAUUUCCAGUUUUGUAUAAAAGUGUAUUCUUUCCUGAUUACCUCUUGUUAAUAAAUCUAUUCUUUCUCAGGGGGA